UGUAGCUGCUGAAAAGCGGGGCAUAACGUAACCGAGGGACAAAAAGGUUGGAAGAAAAGGAGAGGGAGAGCGAGAACCGUUGUCCCCGUCACUUUCUUCAUCUCGAAGAGCGUGAAUGCAACAGCAAGCACUGCUUCAACAUCAUCACAUGUAUCAUCAUCCUGCUCUCGUUGCUUCUGCCAUGUCUCAGAUGGAGCCUAUCCUAGGUGGUAAUCUGCCUCCUGCUUUUGAUCCUUCUUCUUCUUGUCGCAGAGUUUAUGUAGGAAAUAUUCAUGUAAACGUCACUGACAAACUUCUUGCUGAAGUUUUCGCAACUGCUGGCCCUCUUGCUGGAUGCAAGCUCAUCAGAAAGGAUAAGUCAUCAUACGGUUUUGUGGACUACCAUGACCAAUCAUCUGCAGCACUUGCAAUAAUGACAUUGCAUGGACGCCAACUUUAUGGUCAGGCGCUUAAAGUGAAUUGGGCAUAUGGCAAUAGCCAAAGGGAGGAUACAUCAGGGCAUUUCCAUGUAUUUGUUGGUGAUUUGAGUCCAGAGGUUACUGAUGCUAAUUUAUUUGCGUGCUUCUCAGUCUUUCCUAGUUGCUCCAAUGCAAGGGUCAUGUGGGAUCACAAAACUGGCCGCUCGAAAGGAUAUGGCUUUGUUUCAUUCCGUAAUCAGCAGGAGGCACGAAGUGCUAUUAAUGACUUAACUGGUAAAUGGCUCGGAAACAGGCAGAUAAGAUGUAAUUGGGCAACUAAAGGUGUUGAAUCCAAUGAAGAUAAGCAAAACAGUGAUAACCAAAAUGCAGUUGUACUUACUAAUGGAUCUUCAGCAGAAGGAGGUCAGGAAAGCACAAAUGAGGAGGCUCCUGAAAACAAUCCUGCAUACACCACUGUCUAUGUUGGCAAUCUUUCCCAUGAGGUCACCCAAGCUGAGCUGCAUCGUCAUUUUCAUGCUCUUGGGGCUGGUGUAAUUGAGGAUGUUCGAGUGCAGAGAGAUAAAGGUUUUGGGUUUGUCAGAUACAACACUCAUGAAGAAGCAGCCUCAGCCAUUCAAACGGGCAAUGGGAAGAUAGUUUGUGGAAAGCCCGUGAAGUGCUCAUGGGGUAGCAAGCCAACUCCUCCUGGAACAGCUUCAAAUCCAUUGCCACCUCCACCUCCAGCUCAACCAUAUCAAAUCGCUCCAUCAACUGGUAUAAACCAAGGCUACUCUGCAGCUGAUUUGUUGGCCUAUCAGCGCCAACUUGCCUUGAGCCAGGCUGCUGCAUCCGGCCUUUCAGGCCAAGCUCUUCUCCAGCUGACCGGACAGCAUGGCCUAGCUGCUGCUUCAAUGGACUUGAGCGCUGGUGGGUCCCAAGCUAUGUAUGAUGGAUAUCAUAACGGUUUGGCAGCUCAGCAGCUCAUGUAUUACCGUUAGUUCUAGGACCAUUUUUGGAUGAUUUUUCUUCUGGACACCUUUUCUUGUUUGAGAUAUGGAUUUGUCUGAGAUCAAUGCGUCAUCAUUUAACUGAGUUUUAAUUACCUUAUCCGAGUUGUAUAUGUAACAUGUAAUUCAAACUUGGAAUUUCUUGAGUUUUCUAGCACGUACUUUAAAACAAUGUCCAUCUCCUGGAUUAAGUUUAUUUUAAUCUAUCAAUCAUUUAACAA